AUGCCAAACCGUUACGAAUCCGAUACCUCAGAUGCUUCCCCUCUCGGGAAGCCGCUCAAGUUUGAGUUCUCUGGUAAAACCGCUAGGAACCGAUUCUUGAAGGCCGCAAUGACAGAGCGUAUCUCUUCAUGGGAUCCGAAGGAUUUCAGCAAAAGAGGAAUUCCUUCCAAGAACUUGAUCAAUGUGUACAGGCGCUGGGGCGAGGGAGAGUAUGGUCAGAUUCUCACAGGAAACAUCAUGAUCGAAUAUGACCAGUUGGAAGCGAUGGGCAACCCAAUCAUUCCUCGCGAGGCGGAAUUCUCUGGAGAGAGAUUCAAUGCUUUCAAGGAGCUUGCGGAAGCCUCAAAAGCGCAUGGUUCCUUGAUUGUAGGACAGGUCAGCCACCCGGGGCGACAGUGCGAGCAGAGGAUCCAGCCAAACCCUAUGUCUGCUUCUGAUGUUCAACUAGAAGGCAAUGUGAUGGGUAUGCAGUUUGCUAAGCCGCACGCCGCCACCGACGAGGAGAUCGCUAGAGUCAUUGAUGGAUUUGCGCAUGCUGCCGAGUACCUCGAGAAAGCUGGAUAUGAUGGUAUUGAGCUUCACGGAGCUCACGGUUACCUACUCGCCCAAUUCCUCUCCCCAACAACAAACAAACGUACAGACAAGUACGGAGGAUCGCUCGAGAACCGCCUGCGCCUCAUUCUAGAAAUUGCGGAAGAAGUCAGAAAGCGGGUUUCCAAGGAGUUCAUCAUUGGGAUUAAGGUCAACUCUGUUGAGUUCCAGGACAAGGGGUUUACCCCAGAAGACGCGAAGGGACUAUGCCAGGCUCUUGAGAAAGCACGAUUCGACUAUGUUGAAUUAUCUGGUGGAACCUACGAGUCCCUAGCUUUUGGACACAAGAGAGAGAGCACCAAGAAGCGCGAGUCAUUCUUCAUUGAAUUCGCCGAAGAAAUCGUCAAGCCACUCACCAAGACCAAGACUUAUAUUACCGGUGGAAUGAAGUCGGUUGGAGCUAUGGUUAAGGCGCUGGAUACCGUCGAUGGUGUUGGGCUCGCCCGUCCCACAUGUCAGGAGCCACGAUUCCCUAAGGAAAUACUUGAGGGCAAAUACACGGGCGCGAUUCACAUGUUGCUUGACGAUAAUGAUUUCGGUUUGACUAACGUUGCGGCUGGUACGCAGAUUAGACAGAUUGGAAAGGAUCAAGAGCCAAUUGAUUUGAGUGUCCAGGAAAACGUCGAUGCGUUCAAGAAGGAUAUGGAGACAUGGGGGAAGAAGCUGGGUGGUGACAAGGAGAUGAAUGAGUAUGGAUAUGUUGAUUUAAGCCAGGCUGCUAAGCCUUAUGGUCCAUCAUAG